UGUGACGGUGUUGUUAGAGCAGCGCAGGUGGAUGAGAAGGUGUGAGGGAUGCAGUGAUCACGGGUCGUAGCCGCUCCGCUCUGCACGCUGCGUGUGUUUGAUGCCUCGGGUGAAGCGCUGCCAUGUGAGAGAGAUGCUGCCACCUUGCACACACACACACAUACUGUGAACAUGAGUGCUGCAUUCAGAACACAUACAUCAAUACACAAAUAUGUCAAAUGUUGUGCAUUAUGUUGCCUUACGGUCCCUGAAUGUGCCUCCUCAUCACACUUUCAUAACCCCUUCCAUCCUAAACACACAUGUCUCCCAACACAUGAACACACAAUCAGAGAGGCUGCGUCUGAUUGGCUGCUUGGUUCCCCUCCUGCUCUCUUUCUCUUUCUCCUCCUCCUCCACCAGUUUCCCUCCCAAUCGUAAUUAGUCAUUUAAAUAUAAUCAUUCAACCAUUUCCAUCAAACCAACCCCCACCGCACCUCCACCUCCACCACUUCUGCUGCCUCCUCCCACACUCUCACGCCUCCCGGGGGACGGAGGUGAAGCAGUGACUGUGUAAAUAAACCCCCUCCUCUUCUUACUAUUUCUUCUUUUUUCCACAUCCUCGCCUUUUACGCUCCAGCAUCUCCAUCCAGGAGCUGGAUUUUUUUCUCUCUUUCUCUGCAUGGACAUGGUUGGGUGAGGGGUGUAGGUGAAGCAGGGUGGAGGGUACACAGAGACCCCCUCGCAGGCAGCAUCUAUCUCCUUUGCAGCCUUCGACCCUUAGAACUCUUGUGACAGCAGCUUAUCCGGUGGCUAGACUUCGUCACGCUCCCACAGCGGCCGCAGAAUCCCCCUCCUCACCCCCUUACGCUACCUUCCCAGCGCUACACCUCCUCUCCCCUCCCCCCACCUCUUGCAACACGACUCCUCUCCACUCACUCCAUAGCUUGUGAGACUGAAGGCAGCCUCGCUGAGUGGAGGGAAAGAGAAAGAGAGAGGAGAGAGCGGUGAGGCUUUCCCAGCAUAGAGAAGCAGCAGGAGGUGAGAGGGAGGAUGAUGGAAGCCAGCUUUGACACUGAGGAGAGUUUUGACGACCCCUCCUGUCUCGCCCCGCAGCCCCCCGGCUCCGUUUCACCGGCCAGGAGGCAGAUCAGGGAGGUCAAGGAGACCAAGAUCACGAUCAACUGUGUGACGUUCCCUCUGCCUGGAGGGAGUCCGGAGCAGCAGCUCCUGAAGCCCAACGAAUGGAGCUACUGCGACUACUUCUGGACCGACAAGAAAGACCCACAGGGCACGACCUCAGUGGCGGGCUUCGAGGUCCUUCUGCAGAAGCAGCUGAAGGGCAAACAGAUGCAGAAGGAGAUGUCCGAGUUUAUCCACGAGAGGAUAAAGAUUGAAGAAGAGUACGCCAAGAAUCUCUCCAAGCUGUCUCUGAGCCCCCUGGCAGCGCAGGAUGAAGGGACUCUGGGAGAGGCGUGGACUCAGCUGAAGAAGAGUCUUCAUGAUGAAGCUGAAGUCCACCUCAAGUUCUCCAACAAGCUCCACUCUGAGGUAGAAAAGCCCUUGCUGACGUUCAGAUGCGACAACUUCAAGAAGGACCUGAAAAAGUACGACCAUCACAUCGCCGACCUCCGGAAGCAGCUGGCGAGUCGCUAUGCAAGUGUGGAGAAGUCCCGUAGAGCUCUGGCAGACCGGCAGAAAGAUCUGGAGGUGAAGACCCAGCAGUUGGAGAUUAAAAUCAGCAACAAGACGGAGGAGGACAUCAAGAAGGCUCGGCGGAAAUCUACACAAGCAGGAGACGACCUGAUGCGCUGCGUGGAUCUCUACAACCAAACCCAGUGCAAGUGGUUUGAGGAAAUGGUCACCACCAGCAUGGAGCUGGAGAAGCUGGAGGUGGAGCGGAUCGAGUGGAUCCAGCAGCAUUUACGCCAGUACACCACUCUGAGGCACGAGACGGACAUGUUCAACCAGAGUACGGUGGAGCCGGUGGACAAGCUGCUGCAGAACGUGGACCCCGGCAGAGACAGAGAGCUGUGGGUGAAGGAGAACAACACCGGAGAUGUCCGACCCGUGGAUAUGGACAUAUAAACCAUCCUGAGCUUCAGUAUUUUAACACUUCUGAUAACACUGAUCCAGGGACAGUGCAUGUGCAGACUACUGAGGUCUGCUCAUCCUCUCUGUGACGAGAAUAACAGGAGGAAGGUUUAUCGCAGGCAGGUAACGCCACUGGGUCAAAGUACCGGCAUGUUCCUUCUAAAUUGUAACCCUCUCAUAAUCAACAUUAGCUUAUUGAAUGCCAUUUAACAUAUUCUGCUGUUUACCUGUUGUUAAGUGGAUACUUUAAAAAAAUUAUAUGUAUUUUAAAUCGUUUAGUUUAGCUUCAAUCUAUAUUUUUCACAGUUCGAGUAAACCAAACUUUAAAAAAAAAAAAUUCUGAUUAUCGAUAUUAACUUUAUUUUAGAUACGGAUUUUGAAGCACAUUAAGAUCUUGGACUGAAUAUGAAAUAUUUUCAUAUUUUGCUGGUUCAUUUUGGUGGAAAUGCAUGUUUUGAAUAUCUUGCUUUUUCUGUAUAUGGAGAGCUGCACAAUUUGUUGAACCAUGAUGGUAAUGUUUUGGUAUAGUUCAUUGAAUUAACGCAAGGUAUUCUGCAUCUUGUAGAUUUAGGAGCUUUCUCCCACACAAAAAAACAAGACUUUUACGUGUACAGCGUUAAUAUCCAUUAACCUCAACUGUUUAAAGAAUAAAACUCCACACACAUACAGUAUUUAGGAAUGUGGUUUUGAUUAUGCUUUAAUUUUAAAACACAGAUUUAGGCCAGGGUCUAUUAUGGAUCAGUCCGGAGGAAAAAGGUGGUCCAAGUUACACUGAAACACCUUUUAGUGCCUAACGGUUAUAUACCUGGAAUGUCCUUGACAUAUUCUACUGCAUCAGUGUACAUUUGUACAUAAAGGUUAGAUGUAUUUUGCUGUCAGAUGUUUAACAGGCCCAAAUUAGCUUUGAGGCCAGUGAGGUGUUUGUACUGUACAAUGUUGUUUGUUUUAUUUUUUGGUAAAUGUACAGAGAUUAUCUAUACGAUGGUGGUUGAUGACAAAUAGCAAAGAUCAAUUAAAUAACCCCUCAGUGUGUUAAGGCCCUUGUAGGUAAACAAAAAAUAUUAUUAUUUUGCAGCUUGGAUGGAGGGUAUUUUCAGAGAAAGAAAAUCAGAAUUUUAUAAUUUAAAUUGGCUGCGAGCAACGUGGAUAUGAGAUCAUAAAGUUACUUUUAUCUGAUUAUAUUCUUGUUAUAACCUUAUUAUCUCAGAGAAUUAUUCAAUUGUAUUUCUCUCAUAUCUCAAAAACAUAAUACAUUUAUAAGCAAUAUGAGAAUUUAUUUCACAAAUUUACGGGAAUACAUUUUAAAUGUUUUCUCGCAAAAGUAUCAUUUAUUAAUGUUAGAGAAAACAUGUUCUCCUACAUUUUCGGGUUUUACUCAAAUGUAAAACAUAGAUCUCAGAAAAUAUCCAGGUUGUUUCUAGUUGGUGUUCAACUUAUAUUUAUUUGUCUGUGAAUAUAACCCUCCUCCAAGUCACUGUUAAAAUAUUUGUUAACCCACAAUAGACCUAAUACACUUUCAGUCAAUAGAGGAAACAGGUUAGUGGAUUUGUGAUACAGAUUAUCCUAAAUGAAAACCCAUUUAAUCAGAGACUGCAUGAACAGUAUGUGUCUGUGUUUACAUGUGUGUCUGUCUUCGUCUCUACAUUGUUGUUGUCUAUCUGCUUUGAAUUUAUUUGGAUAAUUCUUUUAAUAUCUCAAAAGCAUGAAGCUAUUCAAAUUAAGAUGCAAGUCCUAAUUCUAAUCCAGCUGCCAGGCACAAUGAAAAUAUAUGCUAUUAAAAAAAAGAAUAUAUAUAUAAAUGCUUACCUGCCUUAUCACCAUUAUUAAUGCCUUAGUGCAUUAAUUUUUUUUUCGUAAAUGAAGGAAAGUCAUGGUUACUUUGUCUUAAACCCAAAAGGCUUCAUGCGCAGGUUUAAAUAGCACAUCUGUUGUAGAGGUUUUAUCAGUGUGUCAAUGUUGUACACUAAGUGUAACAAGUUAUUAUGUUCCAAUUAAAUGUUCAACAGUUUCAUGAUGACGUAACGGUUGAGUUUACUGCCCUUGUGUGAUUAACAUUUCCAUAACGUGCAUUCAAAUCCUAUGUUCCUGUUGAUUUAUGAAUGUUUGAUCAUAGGUGACCUCUGUCCAGACGGUAUACUGUGGAAUGCAGUGUCCAAAAUAAAUCCCCUCUUCGAAAAUG